AUGGGCUCUCUAAUGGCAGGGUGGGACUCGCCUAAUCUAGAUCCCCAAGCUGGUGAGUGGCCACUUCUCAAGCCCGCAGAUCAUUUUUGGUUCAGUCGCAGGUGAUCCUCGUGGGUUUUCUUUCUCCAGUGAAAUACGAGAGGAACAGGUCGCUGACCAAAGGCGAGAUUGAAGCUUUCUGGCGGGCCAGGAAGGGGACGCCGGAGGAAGAGGAGCAUGCCGCCGUCGCCUCAACGUACCACGUUAGCCAGGCAAGGACGACCAUCUUGGAGGAAGUGGAGGAACACCAUGAAGGAAGGCUUUCGUGUAGGGUUCCUAUUUAAUCGGUUAAUUAAUGGCUACUGAAUGAAGAUAAUGAUCGUUGACCCAGCAGAAGAACACGGGGAAAGCUGCGGGGGGGACGCUGAGGAGGUCGAGUUCGUUGCCUCUGACCGACCGCAGGGGGAGUUCAGCAAGUAAGAAACCCGCAGAAACGAUUUUCGGCGAACUCAAGAACACCAACGGCUGGUACGUCCUCUUUAGAAACCCAAGCAAUUCGACAUCGCUCUCUCUAUUCUCCUCGUCCCACCUUCAGCGAAGAAAUAAGUGAUCGAAGGUCGCCCUAUCAUCAGUCAUUGUAUAAGAACGACUCACACCUUCGCUGCAGGUGGACCAGAAGUAACUGGUCGUUCCUGAACGACCCCCCGAUAGUUGAGAAGGAAACUUUACACAGACACCCUUCAAAGAGGAACAUCCAAGCGAAAGAACCGCCCAACCCCGAAGUCUCUUCUUCCUCCACGGCCGGAGACGGUGUUUGA